CUGUGCACACUGGAAGAAAACAGCCUGCCGCACUCACAACAGAAGGGAAAGCAGAGAUCAGCGCUUUUUCGGAUCACCUGUCAGAGCCUGUCACCAGGAAAGGUGAGCCCCGGCAGGGGACAGGAGCUGCGACCACCCAGAAGGAAUAUGGCUCUGAGAGCAUUUACUGUCUGAGCACCUGGGUCCCACCAGGCACCAUGCGCUUAAUCAUGGGAGGACGGAAGAUGCCAAGAGAUGAAGAAUAUGCCUAUGGUUUAGAAGAUGACAAGUCGGCCCUGCCGGAGCCCAGGCUGCGGAUCCUCCUGGCCGGGAGGUCAGGGACAGGGAAGAGUGCCACGGGAAACAGCAUCCUGGGCCAGAAGCGCUUCCUCUCCAGGCUCGGGGCUACAUCGGUGACCAGGACCUGUGCUGUGGGGAGCUGCAGGUGGGCCAAGUGGGACGUGGAAAUCACGGACACCCCGGACCUUUUCAGCUCCGAGGUCUCGCAGACAGACCCGGGCUGCGUGGAGAGAGCCCGCUGCUACCUGCUCUCGGCCCCGGGGCUCCACGCCCUGCUCCUGGUGUCCCAGCUGGGCCGCUUCACGGCCCAGGACCAGCAGGCCUGGAGGGGGGUGAAGGUGCUGUUCGGGGACGCCAUCGUGGCGCGCACCAUCGUGGUCUUCACCCGCAAGGAGGACCUGGACGGGGGCUCGCUGCAGCAUUACGUGCGUGACACCGAGAACCGCGCGCUCAGGGAGCUGGUGGCCGAGUGUGGGGGCCGGGUCUGCGCCUUCGACAACCGAGCCACCGGUGCAGAGCGGGAGGCGCAGGUGAUGGAGCUGAUGGGCCUGGUGGAGGACCUGGUGAGGGACCACGGCGGCUCCCCCUACACCAACGACGUGUACAGCCUGGCGCAGGCCCCGGGCAGCGCGGACCCCAAGGAGAGGCUGCGCAGGGUGGCAGAGCUGGUGGCCGCCCGCGCCCAGAGGCGGCGGGAGCGCUGGCUGCUGGCCAGGCUGUGGCCGUGGCACAACGUGCCUGAGACCUGGCGUAAGUUGGGCGUGUUCGCCCUGCUGGGCACCGUGGUCCUGGUCUACCUGCUCUACAGGCAGUGGCCUGAGGCCAUGACAGAGCUCCGGACGCGCGGCGCUCGCGCUUCCGCGGCAGCAGCUUCGGCCCACCCGGAGGGGGCGGCCCCCACGGCGGGGACAGGGGGCGCCCUCCGGCGGCCGCACGUUCCUUCCCGCCCUGCAGCCGCGCCCUGGGACCUCCGGCCGCGCGCUCGCGCCGACCCGCCGGCCCCCCAGCCCGCAGCGCCGCGCCCGAAGAGAAUGGAAGGGCUUCAGAGGAGCAGAUACGGGAGUAUGGCCGAAGGCGAGAUAGAACACAAGUGGUCUGCAGCCUCGUCCUCACUGAGGAUCAUCCUGGUGGGCAAAACAGGCAGCGGGAAAAGUGCCACCGGGAACAGCAUCCUCUGCCAGCAGGUGUUUGAGUCCAGGCUGGGGGCCCAGUCGGUGACCCAGAGGUGUCAGGGGGAGACCGGCACGUGGAACGGCAGGAGCGUCCUGGUGGUGGACACGCCCUCCAUCUUUGAGGCCAGGGACCCGGACCGAGCGAUGUACGAGAACAUCGGGGACUGCUACCUGCUCUCGGCCCCGGGGCCACAUGUGCUGCUACUGGUGACCCAGCUGGGGCGCUUCACCGAGCAGGACGUGGUGGCCGUGACCAGGGUGAAGGAGGUCUUUGGGGCCAGAGCCCUGAGACACAUGAUCGUCCUCUUCACCCACAAGGAGGACUUAAUGGAAGAAUCCUUGGAUGACUAUGUAGCAAACACGGACAACCUCAGGCUUAGGGCGGUGAUCCGGGAGUGCGGGCGGAGGUACUGCGCCUUCAACAACCGGGCCUCCGGGGACGAGCAGAGGGAGCAGCUGGCCAAGCUGAUGGCCGUGGUCGAGGGACUGGAGAGGGAGCACCAGGGCGCCUUCCUCAGCAACGACCUCUUCUUUGAUGCACAGCUGCUGCAGCAGGGCGGGGGUGACGCCCGUGCAGAAGGUUACACGCGCUACCUGGCCAAGGUGCGGUCACAGGUUGCAAAGCAAACGCAAGACCUGAAAGAGGCCCAGAGAAACUGUGCCUUCAAGGUGCUCCUCCGAGUCAAAAACUGGAUUAUUUUUCAUAUCAGAAUAUUUGUGGUUCUUAUAUGCGUUUUGAUUUUUCUUGCCAUUUUAAUCAUCCUGCAUAUUACUCAUGAACUCUGAGCAUUUUCAGAUGAUACCUGCCAUCAGCUUCCAUUUUUUCAGAGUCAGCACCUCUGUCUCUGUUGAUAAGAAACUUUAUUUGCUUUUUACGCAAUUUCACUUUCAACUUCCCUUCCUUGCAUCAGACAU